CCCAGGUACCCAAAAACCCUCUGCAAAACAAAACCCAAUUCCAGAGAGGGAAAAGGAAAAAAGCAAUUCAGUGUAAAAGAAAGAUUACGAACAAUAAUCUCAUCAUUGCAUAAAAGAAAAAUAGAAAAAAUGCCUCGAGCUUCUUCAAAGAGGAAAUCUAGGCCUUUGAACUCAGCCCCAACUGCCAAAUCUUCUCGGGUUGAUUCUUCUUCUUCUGCCUCAAGAAAAGCUCUCUCAAAAGUCAGACAGCUGGUUGACAGCUUCUUUGAGUCGUAUGUGAACAAGUCAUUGGGAAUGAUUGAUCCAGAAGGGAUUGAGGCUCUGUGCUCGGAUCUGCAAGUUGAUCAUACUGAUGUGAGGAUUCUGAUGCUCGCUUGGAAGAUGAAAGCAGAAAAGCAAGGAUAUUUUACCCAGGAAGAGUGGCGAAGAGGAUUGGAUGCUCUUAAGGUUGACAGGAUCAGUAAAUUGAAAAAAUCUUUGUCAAAUCUGGAGAAAGAGGUCUCAAAGCCGGAAAACUUUGAUGAUUUCUAUAUGUAUGCAUUUCGCUACUGCCUAACAGAAGAGAAGCAAAAGUGUGUAGACAUUGAGAGUGCUUGCGUAUUAUUAGAUCUUGUCCUUGGACCAAAAUAUCGAUCCCAGGUUGAGUACUUCACCAAGUACCUGAAGAGUCAGAAAGAGUAUAAGGUGAUUAACAAGGAUCAGUGGUUAAACUUCCUCAGGUUCUGCCAAGAGAUAAGCUUUCCAGACCUUGAAAAUUAUGAUUCAGAUCAAGCAUGGUCUUUGAUUCUGGAUAAUUUUGUGGAGUGGAUGAAAAGCAAAGCAAGCUAACCUCAAUGGUGUCUCGAUUGCUAGCUCCAUAACCAAAUUUUGUGAAGGAUUUUGCUGAAAAUGCUAACAUGUUCUGCUACUGACAUGCUUUUGCUGGCUUCCUCAGACGACAUACUAUUAAUAUACAAUCCCAUCAGCUGCUCAGUUUCCCAUUUCUCAUCCAUUUAAUGGUCUCUUGCCAUCAUUGUUUUGAUUUUUUAUUCUUGAACUGUAUUCUGGUAUAAAGGGGCAAAAAAAAAAAAAAAAAUCCCCAUAGUAAUAUCAAGUUUUCAUAUAUUUCUGAGGCA